AUGUCGAAGUUUACACUCGCUGUCGUUGCCGGCGCAUCAGCAGCUGUGGGAGCUGCGACGACUGCAGCACUGUAUGGGAUUGGAGGGAGAAGAGAGGCGAAGUCACAGACGAUAGCGACGACUCCAACAACCAUCUCAAAAGACCCAUCCCGAACUACACCGCCUCCGCCAGUCCCAAUCCGCAGAGACGACCCAGGAGUUCCAGCUGUCCCUCCAGUCGACCCAAACGGCGUCUUUCAGUAUGGCUUCCUGGGACCAGUAGCAGAUCUUCGAGCUGCCCCAUCCCUCAUAUCAUCGUUCGACCGAGCCCGACGGAACCCUCACUGGGUAGCAGAGCACAUCACGCCAGCCUCCCUCCUCCUUCGAAACGGCGACCGCAGACACUCGUACUUUGCUGAAGACCACACGAUACCGGAAAAGUACCGAGCAAAGCUCACCGACUACGCGCGAAGUGGCUACGACAGAGGACAUCAAGUCCCUGCAGCAGACGCGAAAUGGAGUCAGGAAGCUAUGGACUCGACGUUUGCUUUAUCGAAUAUGUGUCCACAGGUCGGAGAUGGCUUCAACAGAGACUACUGGGCACAUUUUGAGGACUUCUGUCGACGUCUGACAUCUUUCUAUCCCUCGGUACGGAUCGUUACCGGACCGCUGUACCUGCCAAAGAGGGACGCAAUAGAUGGCAAGUGGAAGGUCUCGUACGAAGUGAUCGGCCAUCCGCCCAAUGUCGCUGUGCCGACGCACUUCUACAAAGUCAUCUUUGCUGAGGACGGCAAGAAUGGUGGUAAUGUUUCGCUGGGCGCAUUUGUGCUGCCAAACGACAUCAUCCCGAACGACAAACCGUUGCAAGACUUCGAGGUGCCUGUUGAGGCCGUGGAGAGAGCGUCUGGUUUGGAGUUUGCAGGGCUGUUGCCGCCGGCAAGAACGAAAAGGCUGUGCAAGGAGGUUGCUUGCAGUAUUAUUGUGAAGGAGUAUGCGGACAGGCAGAAACAAAUGAUGAGCCCGCCGCCUACGAAAGGAACACCGCCAUCGACUGCGAUGACAAGAAGGUGA